GGUAGCGCUUGCAGCAUGGCUGACCAACUGACGGAAGAGCAGAUUGCAGAAUUCAAAGAAGCUUUUUCACUAUUUGACAAGGAUGGUGAUGGAGCUAUAGCAACAAAGGAAUUGGGAACUGUAAUGUGGUCUCUUGGGCAGAAUCCCACAGAAGCAGAGUUACAGGACAUGAUAAAUGCAGUGGAUGCUGAUGGUAAUGGCACAAUCGACUUCCCAGAAUUUCUGACAAUGAUGGCAAGAAAAAUGAAAGACACAGACAGUGAAGAAGAAAUUCAAGAAGCAUUCCAUGUGUUUGAUAAGGACGGCAAUGGCUAUAUUAGUGCAGCAGCGCUUCGCCAUGUGAUGACAAACCUUGAAGAGAAGUUAACAGAUGAAGGGGUUGAUGAAAUGCUCAAGGAAGCAGAUAUUGAUGGUGAUGGUCAAGUAAGCUAUGAAGAGUUUGUACAAAUGAUGACAGCAAAGUGAAGAUAUUGUACAGAAUGUGUUAAAUUUCUUGUAUAAAAUUGUUUAUUUGCCUUUUCUUUGUAACUUA